AUGGCCUAUCCCAAGAAAAUAGACGACGAAGACCUAUCCCAAGAAUGCCCGGACUUCACUGCCACAUUACCCUCCGAACCCGAUUGGUUUGCAACUCAACCGUACAAUUACCAAGGAUUUUGGCACUCCAAGAGACUAAUGCAAGGAAUUCUCAAUUUCCAAAACCACUUCCAAGCCUGUGACUCUGACAUCUUCCUUGUCACCUUUCCAAAAUGUGGCACCACUUGGCUUAAAGCUCUCACUUUCACCGUCCUUAACCGCAAGAGCCAUUAUCCAAGCCCGAAUCCAGACUUGACCCGAAGAUCAAUCAUUCCUCCUCCUCACCCUCUCUUCACUUCGCUGAAGCAAUCAAGAUGCAAGAUAAUAUUCAUGUGUCGAAAUCCUGAGGAUGCGUUCGUCUCACUCUGGCACUUUGGUAACAAAUUACGACCAGAUCAGUCCAACAGGAUCGAUGGUGCAUUUGAGAAGUUUUGCCAAGGACUAAAGGAUGAACCAGUCCAGAUUUUGAAGAAGCUAGCCGAGUUUAUAGGGCAUGGUUUUUCUAAGGAGGAGGAAGAUGGUGAUGCUGUUGGUGAUAUAUUGAAGCUAUGUAGUUUUGAGACGUUGAGUAAUUUGGAGAAUCCUAAUGUUGAUCUUAAAAAUGUGCCAGAAGGACCUAAAGAGGUGUGCAUGCUGCCGAGACCAAAAUAUGAAUCAGAGGGUGAUGAGAAUCUUCAAGAUGAAAAUGAUGAUGUGGAAUAA